CCGAACUUUCCCAACAAGGAAAUCCCCCGCCUUUUCGUCGCUCGUCUUUAGCUUCGCCCCUGAACGUUUCUUUCUAUCUUCCCUCCUCAUUUUCUCGGUCUUCAAGUCUUCAAGACACUCUUGCUUGACUCAAUUCGUCUACAAUGGCUGCCUCCGCUGACAGUCAGGUCUUCCGGGCCACCACCACCGCCCCCGUCAACAUCGCCGUCAUCAAGUACUGGGGCAAGCGCGAUGCUGUUCUCAACCUUCCUACCAACUCCUCUCUCUCCGUCACCCUUUCGCAGCGUUCCCUCCGCACGCUCACCACCGCUUCCUGCGCUCCUUUCUACCCCGCCAAGGACGAGCUCACCCUGAACGGCAAGCCCCAAGACAUCCAAUCCUCUAAGCGUACACUUGCUUGUCUGGCCAGCCUGCGCGCCCACCGUCGCGAGCUCGAGGAUGCAAACCCCUCGUUGCCCAAGCUGUCCAGCUUCCCUCUUCGCAUUGUUUCCGAGAACAACUUCCCCACCGCCGCCGGUCUCGCCAGUUCGGCUGCCGGGUUUGCGGCCCUCGUUCGUGCCGUGGCAGACCUUUACCAGCUGCCCCAGUCGCCCCGUGAUCUGAGCCGCAUCGCUCGUCAGGGCUCUGGUUCCGCCUGCCGUUCUCUGAUGGGUGGUUAUGUCGCCUGGCGCGCUGGAUCCUUGGAGGAUGGAAGCGACAGUUUGGCAGAGGAGGUUGCGCCGCAGUCUCACUGGCCUGAAAUGCGUGCCCUCAUCCUGGUUGUCAGUGCCGCAAAGAAGGAUGUCCCCAGCACUGAGGGUAUGCAGACGACCGUCGCUACCUCGAACCUUUUUGCUACCCGCGCGAGCACUGUUGUUCCGGAGCGGAUGGCUGCCAUCGAGACCGCCAUCCAGAACCGCGAUUUCCCCGCCUUCGCAGAGAUCACGAUGCGCGACUCCAACAGCUUCCACGCCACUUGCUUGGACUCCUGGCCUCCGAUCUUCUACAUGAACGACGUCUCUCGCGCUGCCGUCAGACUCGUCCAUGAUAUUAACCGCGCAAUCGGCCGGACCGUCUGCGCGUACACCUACGAUGCGGGCCCGAACGCUGUCAUCUACUACCUUGAGAAGGAUACCGAGCUUGUUGCCGGUACCGUCAAGGCUAUCCUUGGUGAGAAGACGGAGGGCUGGGAAGGUCCCUUCUACACGCCUCUGAAGGACGUUACCACCCCCGGCGUGUCCCUGGAUGAGAUCGACUCCCGCACCGUGGAGUCGCUCAAGGAUGGCGUGAGCCGUGUGAUCUUGACCGGUGUUGGCGAGGGCCCCAUCUCAGUGGAUCAGCAUCUUGUCAGUGAGAAGGGCGAUAUCCUUUCUGCCUAGAGACUUCAUCUCAUUCUGGGAGGCUUGAGACACCAGCAACUAAACGAAUCGAGGGUCUUCGCGCACACACACCGAACACCCUUGAGAUAAGAUACCCAUAUGCUUUGCAUCUAUUGCACACUUCCCAGGCUACCAGGCCUUCUAGCACUUCCGAUGGUAGAAGGUCGUGUCCCUCUAUAUAAUAUAGACAUCUUUUCGGGCCCCUUCAACAUUAUUCUCAGUCCAUACCCAUUUAAUAUGAUAAACA